AGACUACUUAAUUCUAUGCUUGACCGGACUAAUUCAGGAAAAAGUCUGAAGCAUUGUACAGAAAGUGGAGGUGGUAAGUUUCUCGGAUCAAAGACGACCGAGACACAAUCAAACAGCACAUAUCAGUUGGCCACCAUGGCCCACACAAGGACGUUAUGGCUAUCAGUACCUCUGCUCGCUGUCCUGACCGGAGUUGUGGCUGCCCUUGACUGCGCACCCCAGUGCCGAUGUUUUGGUACCACCGCCGACUGCAGUCACGGAAUCCUUACGCAGUUCCCGCGGAAUCAACUCAUACCUUCUUCAACAGAAAUUUUUCUGUUGAAUGAUAAUCAGAUUUCAGAGGUGAGACGUGAUCCAGCGCUUCCCAACCUGCUGGAACUGAACCUGGAAGAUAACUCCAUCACUAGCAUAGCACGCCCCGGAUCCCCGUUCAGUCGCCGGCCCAACCUUCAGGUUCUCCGGUUAGGAGGGAACGCGAUCUCUACUGUACCCGCUUCGGCUUUCGAUGGGCUGAGCCAACUUGUGAGACUUGUUCUAAAUAGAAAUGUCAUCGAAACAAUAACUGCGUUUGGAAGUAAUUCCUUCGUUGGCAGCCUGAAGAUGCUCGACUUACAGGACAACAAGCUCACCUCCAUCGGCAUCGGGACGUUCACAGAAGUCUCGCUUCUUACGGAGCUCAACCUCUCGUCUAAUAACAUCUCAACAAUAGAAGAUGGGAGCUUCAGUCAUCUCAAGGAGCUGCGUGUUCUGUACCUGCAUUCAAAUCAUAUCGGCGUGUUGAACAGUGGAACCUUCCUGGGGAUACCAGCCUUAACUCGUCUGACUUUGAGUGAUAACACGAUCCAGAAUCUCCCUGGCAUGUCCUUCAUCGGAACCCCAAACCUGGAGUUUCUGGACCUGUCAUCUAAUGACAUCUCCACAAUCACACAGACGGCGUUCUCUGGACUGUACAAUCUUACCACAUUGCUCCUAGACAGGAACAACAUCAGCUCUAUCGAAGAUGAAGCGUUUGGUGACCUGGUCAAGCUGCAGUCAUUGACCCUGAGGAACAAUAUACUACAGAACAUGUCGGCAUCGACAUUCACGUCUACGGACCUAUGGGAGCUGGACCUGGCUGAGAACAGUCUCGCGGCUGUUCGGAGGGAGGAUUUCGCCAGGCUGACAAAACUGAAGUAUCUUCAUCUACAUGCUAACAGGAUCACAAGUGUGGAGAACGGUUCGUUUGCCAACCUUGCCAACCUUCUUUUCUUGGAAAUAUUCGGGAACCUUCUGACUAGUGUUUCAGCUGCAACAUUUGAAGGUCUGGUGUCUGUGGAACAGAUAGCCAUGGGAGGUAGUAACCCUAUACAAAGUUUUCCUGACGACACGUUCUGGCACCUUCCGAAUCUCGCUCACUUAGGCCUACUCGGCCUCCCACUCGUGAGCAUCAGUGACGCUGUGCUGUCACCCCUACAAAGCUUAAAAAGUAUCGCGUUGUCAGGUUCCAGGUUGACGUCUGUGCCAGCUCUGCCCGUUUCCUUGGAGUCACUGACCAUAUUCAACAAUGACCAGUCGUUGACGGAAAUCCGCUUGGGAGACAUCACAACGCUUCCCCGAUCAGCGACAGGACAUCACCUUCCACUCCCCAACCUGACUUACUUGCGCCUGUCGAAUUCUGGGAUUCAGAAGAUUCAUCCAUUUGCUUUCGCGACAUUGCCGGCUCUCAGAACUCUAGAUCUGUCCAGGAAUAAUUUUCAAAGCAUUUCGUCAGUCGCUUCAGACGCAUUCGGUAACCUGACGUCUCUGCUUAGUCUGAACAUUGACAGAGUGACGACCUGGUCACCGCGAGUGUUUCGGCAUCUCCCGUGCCUCCGAACGGUAACCAUGGGAACAAGGUUCACCUGCGACUGUGACGUGCUCGAUCUCGGGAAAUGGAUUGACAAAACUGCCGUGAACGUCAACCCAAGUUCUCCAACCUGCUUCCUUCCAGUGUCCUUGAGAAGACGUUCUCUGGAAACCCUAGGCGAAGAGGACGUAGGGGGGACGUGCCCGAUAACAACUGUUCCACCCGCAUCACAAGGCGCGGUGGAGAUCUGCCCAACACCCUCCCCAACACCGCCAAUGACAACUCCUUCCCAAGGUUCUCCCUCUGUGGCAAAUCCACAGUCGUCAGAAACACCCGCGCCGUCCUCUACAGUAGGCCAAACAGAAACCUGUAUUGGCCCAAGAGACGUUGAGGUACAGAACGUAAAAGACUCUAGUGCUGAGGUCGCGUGGACAUACGGAGGUAGUCCAGAUCUGCUGUCAGGAUUUGCAAUUCAGUACAAACCUAUCAAAGAGAAGUCGUGGAAGACAACACCACAGGUUCAUUCGACCAGCCGUUCUUACCCCAUACUGGAACUUCUCCCUGACACGUCCUACAUAACCUGCGUGACUGUUUUCUGUAAUAAUAUUAAGCUCGUGGUACCAGAAGUAGACCACUGUGAGCACUUCAUCACGGGGGGCUUGCCACAAGCAGCAAUUGUGGGCCUGGCCGUGGGAGUGCCCCUGUUGCUCAUCAUCCUGGUAAUGGCGGCCGUCUUGUGCCUAAAGAGGAAAGGCCACUCAUCUGCCGAACACGUGGAACGCAGGCCAGAUCAACAGCAACAACAGGAAGCGCCUGCCGACUCAGCUGAGGGUGAUAUCACAAACGAUCCUCCUUACAACAUAAUCAACGACGAUCAACAUUCAACUCCGGAAAACCCGUACCAUAACCCUGACUCCCUGCAGCUGACAGAACAAGGAGCCGGCAGAAUCAGUAAUCCUUAUCUUGAGCUUUCAAAAGUUAUGUAGCGUAUACAUACAUUUUAUCAUUGUCGUCAAGAUAGUGCAUAACUACAUAGAUGAAUAAAUCGUGUAAAUAUAAGGUGCUAAGCAGGGCUUUGAAUUAUUCUUGAAACAAAUCAUAUAUAUGAAAAGAAAUCAACCUUGAAAACAAUUUGUUGACUAUAUCUAUCUGAAACUUCAUAAGACAAUAGUGUCUUCUCACAGGGUAAGGUGAAAGAGCGGUAUAUGUAUAUGAACCCGUAUAUGUACACCAGUACACCCCCUUGUGCGGCCCCACCAAAUCAACAUGCACCGAAAAGUCGCCCCCCUGGCGUAAUGCUCUGGAAUCCCAGAUUCUAGAUACUCUAGGGACCAAACUUCAUACACCUGGUGAGUUUUAUAGUGUAGUGUCUCUUACAGACUUUUCAACCUCUCCCACUGCACCAUCGAUCUGAUAUGUUUGCGCCGUGCAGUGAGAGAUGGCUGCUCUGCACCCGGUCUGCCAAUCGGGAUGUCGGGCCCCAUCCUCACUUCACCCCACAACCAUGUCAGGUUGUUGCAGUGGUGGGAGGGUGGACUAGUCUGUCAGGGACUUGUGUCUCCUGUCUGUGUGAUGGGGUCUUGUACUGAACUGGAACUAACCCAGCUGUGGUGGAACUGUACUGUGUGGUCUGGUGUAGUUUGAGUGGGAUUAUCUCAUGUGAACCAUCUAUGACAGACUGUAUCAUGUAACACUGAGUAGGACUGGUGUGUGGAGAAACUUACACAUGAGGUGGUCUCUAGUAGGACUUGUGGAGGUGGGAGUGUCCAGUUCCUGUACAAGUCUGAAGACUUGUCCACUUCCUGUUACACUUACUGUAGGGGUGUGUCCAACCUAGCACUAUAUCUAAUACUAUACAACAGUUGUAGUUUAUACACCUAUGUUGGCAUGUGAGAGUAAUAUGCUUCAUAUCACACAUAAAGUGGACUUAUGUAGAGGAAAUUCUUGACAUCAUGCUACUGGACAUGUAAAUGUAGUACAUUGUAUUCUUAGUAUCAUACACCAUCUGCACCACCAGGAUUUUCAAUUCAAACUUGUUGAGCAAUAUGACAAAGUAAUUAAUGACUUCAACAAAGUCUAAGGGUGACAUGGCUGCACGGGAAAAUUUGUUAAAUAGAUAUCAUACCACAUCACAAAACAUGUAUCUUCAUUACCAAAUAAUUUGUAUCAUAAACUCCAGCAGCGUUACUUGUUUCAAUGUAAUGUCUUUCCACCAUGUUAAGCCAUGUGGUGUACUUCACGUUUCUUGUUUAUUCUAUUACAAGGUUUUUUCUUACUCACAAUAUAGCUAAUAUCUGUGCAGUCCAUAUUGUAUCAUAUGCAGUGGUGUACAUAUUUGAAUGGGGUACAUAAAAAAAUCAAUGUCUGUACCAGUUGACAUUUUUAAGGCAAAUUUUACACUGCUGAUAAAUACAGCUAAGUGGAAUAUAUUCUGGCUUAGUCUCCCUUCUGUCAGAACCAUGUAUAAACUUGGCAGCAGAAACAACACUGGCACUCAUUGAGAAAUACACUCACACAAAUGAGUUUGAUAUAGGUUCCUUUUCCUGGUGAUAAAUUAUACACUAAUACUGGUGCCCCUGUCCCUGACUGACAAGUGCCUCUGUCCUUAGUGCUGAAUGACAAAUCGAGAAAACUGAUGCCCCUGUCCUUGGUGCUGAAUGACACAUCAACAUGACUGGUGCCCCUGAAUGACAAACAAGACUGGUGGCAAUGUUCCUCGUGCUGAAUAACACAUCAACACAACAAGACUUGUGUCUCUGUCCUUGGUGCUGAAUGAGACACCAACAAGACUGGUGGCUCUUCUCGUGCAAAAGUUGUGCCAAAACACAUUAACAAGACGUGUAACUCUUCCUAGUGCUGAAUGACACAUCAAUAAGAUGUGUGACUCUGCUCAUGAAGAAAACAACAAGCCUGGUGCCCCUAGUUCCCUGAGACACCAGCAAGACAUGAGGCCCUAAUGACACAUCAGCAAGACAUGCAGACCUGUCCUUAAAUGACAGUCAACAAGACUUGCAGGCCUGAAUGACACAUAACAAGGCAUGAGCCCAUUUCUGAAUGACACACCAAGACAUUAGACCCUGUCCCGUGUGCUGAAUUACACACUAAGACAUUAGAACCAUGACCGCGAAGCACAGUGGUAUUGUGUUCGGCCCAUGACCGAGAGGUUGCAGGUUCGAAUCCAGCUGUGUGUCACCGAUCUUGUGCCCCUGGGAAAGGCACUUUACACG